AUGUUCUUUAACAAGAUUUCGAUUGCUGCAUUGGCGACGGCAGCCAUUGCUGCUCAGGCCGCAAGUUCUGCCAUUGACGCGGACGUCGUUGUCGUUGGCGGAGGCACCUCAGGGGCGUACGCAGCUGUUCGGUUGAGUCAAGACUUUGGCAAGAAAGUCCUGGUCGUGGAGAAAGCCAGUGUCCUUGGUGGCCAUGCCAACACAUGGUAUGAUCCGGCGACCAAAAAGCCGUUUGGCUACGGAAUUGAUGUCUUUGACAACAACACCGCUUCUGUCAAUUACUUUGCUCGCUUCAACAUAGCGACAAAAGCGCCAACAUCCGACACUUCUGUACCCAUCUCGGCGGAUUUCACAGAUGGAACCCUGGUCAACUACACCGCUCCCGCAUCCGCCGCCGCGGAGGCUGCCUUUGGCAGGUGGCGGGAGCAGUGGAAACGGUUCGAGUCUCUCCUGCUGCCCGUAGGCACCGAGUUCCCCACGGGCGACGCCAUACCCGCCGACCUGCUCCUGCCAUGGAAGGACUUCGCGCGCAAGUAUAACCUGGAGGCUUUCACCCCGAGGAUAUGGACCGUUAUGGGCCUGGAUGUCAACACGGCCCUGGUUAUCGAUGUCUGGAAGGCCUAUUACCCUAGCAACGGGGGCUUCGUGGCUGCCUCGGGCGACAACCGGGAGAUCUAUUUCAAGAUCCGGGACUUGCUGGGCGACAGUGUCAUGUACGAGUCCGAGGUCGUGUCCAGCACCCGAUCUGACGCCGGAGUGCGACUUGUCGUCAAACACAAGGACGGAAGCACGUCCACCGUCAGCGCCAAGAGGCUUUUGGUCACCAUCGGGCCCGACACAAUGGACAAAACUGCGUUCGACUUGGAUGACAAUGAGACGGCCGUUUUGCACUCGACCUGGGGCAACCGCUGCUACACUGGCAUCGUGUCCCACCCAUCCCUGCCAGCCAAGACCAUCACCAACACCGACCCCGCCGCCGCCGGAGGCAACUUCCUGGCCUACCCUACCACGCCGUACUUGGCAAACUUUGUCUACAGGGCCAACUCGUCGUUCGGUCCAGUCUUUCGAUCCCUGGUGAUCGCACAAAAGGAAACGAGCUUCCAGGACGCCCAGAACAUCGUACGCGGCUCCCUGCAGAGGCUCAUGGAUGCCGGAACAGUGCCCAAGGGAGAUGUGAACCAGUUAAAGUUUGAAGCGUUUGAGGACCAUGGCAUUCUGUACAGACGCUGGACUCCUGAGCAGCUGCGUGCUGGUAUCAUAAACCAGGCAAACAAGCUGCAGGGCCUCCGGUCGACUUGGUACACGGGAGCUUACUGGAUGAAUAACAAUGCCGCCAUGCUUUGGAAUGCUACCGACACCAUUCUGCCAAAGAUGCUUCAAGGAAUCUGA